AGAGAGAGAGAGAGAGAGAGAGAGAGAGAGAGAGAGAGAGAGAGAGAGAGAGAGAGAAAAAAGAGAAUUAAAGCUAUCUCACACAACUUUGAUUCAGGAAAGAGUUGAAGUGAAAGAAAAAUAGAGAAAAUAAAGAAAAUAAAGACAGGAGGCAGUCGAGAUACAAACUUUAAAAUAGAGAAAAAAAAGAAAAUGAGAAAAUUAAAGAAAAUGAGAUAGAGAAGUGAACGAAAUAAAGAAAACAGGAAUUUCUUGUCACGUGUUUGUGUGUGUUUGUUUGUUUGUUUACGUUGACAAUGGAGCGACGAAGUUGUUUACAUUUGUUUGUGUGUUUGUUUGUUUGUUUGUUUGUCUCCGUAGCAGGCGAAGGGAAAGGCCGGCCAAGCUUCGGGGAAAGUGACAAGCUGAAGGUCCAGACUCCUGUUGGCAGAGAUGCGACGCUCACCUGUACAGUCAAGCACGUGUCAGACUAUCAGACAGCAUGGAUACAAAUGAAGAAGGGCAUUGUUCUCGCUAUGGGUGAUGACGUCUUCACUGAGAACCCGCGCAUCACAGUCCAUCACCGCCUGACGCUGGACGGGGCUCAAGCGUGGGUCCUCACCAUCAAGAGAGUCAAUUCUAACGAUACCGGAAGUUACAUGUGCUCUCUCAACACGCCUUGGAAGAUGAGGAAGUUUUAUUAUCUUAGUGUUGUGGUUCCCCCCAGCAUACAAGACGCCAACACGAGCAGCGAUACGGAGGUUCAGGAAGGUGGGGAGGUGAGACUCAGGUGUGGCGCCAGCGGAAAACCUCAGCCGGUGUACAGGUGGCAGCGGGAAGACCUUGGGGAGAUAGACUCGCUCGGCAGUACAGUUAGCGGCAGCGAAUUGAUGAUACCCCAAGCUCUGAGACACCACGCGGGCGCUUACUUGUGCAUAGCCAGCAACGGUGUGCCUCCCUCUGUGUCCAAGAGAAUACUGCUGUCUGUGAAAUUCCAGCCAGUCACCCACACGCCCACGCCUCGCCUGUGGGUGCACGUGGGUGACGCAGUAACUCUUUCCUGUAUCAUUGACGCCUACCCACGCCCAUCUUUCGUCUGGGUAAGAAGCCGCGCCCACUCCGCCCACGCCACGCCCAUUCAGAGGUUCCCCUACCACCUGCACCACGCUCAUGCUAAGCGCGGCAGCAGCAGUAUGGGGGAGGUGAACAGUACCAGGUGGCGUGUGGAGCUGACAAUAAGACAGGUGCGGGCCCAAGACUUCGGAAGACACCUGUGCAGGGCCAACAAUUCUGAGGGUGUGGCACAAGCGUCUGUUUCUCUCUACCGACUACAAACUACAACUACAACGACUACAACUACUACUACCACUACUACUACCACUACUACUACUACUACUCCUACUCCUACUACUACUACUGCUACUACUACUACUACAAGAUAUAUUAAUAACAUGAUACCACGCAUUCCAGGAGUCGGAAUUAAUGGAACGGAAUACGAUAUGAAGGAAUACGGAAGAGGAGGAAGGAGGAGGAAGGAAGAGGAGGAGGAGAGGAAGAGGCAGAGAGGAUGGAAGAAAGAGGAAGAGGAGGAGGAGAGAUGGAAGAAGAAAAAGGAGAGAAACUCAUAUUCCUUAAGUAAUUCAGCAGUGAAAGCAUUCCACCACACUACAGUGGCGGAAGAGAAGGCCCGCUUGUGGGUGCUGGAGCGAGACCUUGGUGCCUCAAGGAGGAGGUCGUUGCUCAAUACCGUUCUCGUAUUUCGCUCAGAUCUCCUCCAGGUAGCUCUCAGGUCUGCUAGGUGA